GGGUUUUGUCUACAGUCUGCGCGUUCAGAAGGAGACACGUCGGGAGACCAGUCUUGUGAGAGUUCAGACGAGGGUGUCAGUCGCGACGCACCCAAUCACCAGGCCCUUUCCGGUCAUCAGGUGCACCAGCCCCACCAACAGCUACCACAGGCACUUUCCCAUCAGCCACAUCAGCAAGCCCACAAUAUGAGCCAUCAUGCCCCAGUGCACCAGCAGAUAAACCACCAAAUCACACAUCAGCAUCAGAGGAAUUCGCCGAGGCCUCUUGAAAGGGAACUAAAAGUACGAGACGACUUCGAGUCCCUCAAAACUUCACUACAUCCCCAUCUCUCCUCUUUAGCUUCGUUAGCCCAAGGGGCUCCACUGUCAACAUCCAACAGUGUCUUUGCUCUAGCCGGAGCAGUACCGGCUAGUGGUUUCCCAUACGCACCACCUGCGUUCUUAGCUCCAGCACCACCGCCUCCAGCACAACCAGUGGGCUCUGCUUCGUCAUCAUCGUCCGAAGGCAGUGCCGCUGGAUGGAGCUUCGAGGAACAGUACAAGCAAGUUCGCCAGCUUUACGAGAUCAGCGAUGAUCCGCAGCGGAAGGAAUUCUUGGACGAUCUGUUUUCGUUCAUGCAGAAACGUGGUACACCGAUUAACCGGUUACCGAUUAUGGCCAAGUCGGUCCUAGACCUGUACGAGCUGUACAACCUUGUGAUAGCACGUGGAGGGCUCGUGGAGGUGAUCAACAAGAAACUCUGGCAGGAGAUAAUUAAGGGACUCCGGCUACCGUCUUCUAUCACGUCCGCUGCCUUCACUUUACGCACUCAAUAUAUGAAAUAUCUAUACGACUAUGAAUGUGAGAAGAAAAAUCUGUCCACUCGCAGCGAGUUGGAUGCUGCUAUCGAAGGUAACAAGCGCGAGGGAAGACGCGCCUCCGGACAAUACGACGCCCAAGCUGCUUUAGCUAUGCCGCCAUUGAACCGCGGAGUCCCGGCCUCUCUCGCCCAGCUCUCCCAGCACAUGCAGCCGCUCUCUCUCUCCCUCGGAGGAGGAGUCGCUGGAGUACCACGUCUACCACCACUGCCUCCACAUCCCACUCACAUCUCACAACACGAUAUUGAAUACAGAGUAAGGGAAUAUAUGAAGAUGAUACAACAACAGCGGGAGAUGAUGAGGAAUGGUUCAGAAUCGCCACCAGGCGGUAACGGGCCCACUCCCAUGAUCUCGCCGCGUGAUGCCCUUAACGCUAUUGAUGUGUCCCGACUGACCCUUUGGUCUCUGUACAACAACAACAACCAUAGCCCGCAGCCGGAACUAGAACCGCAACGAGAGGCCCUGAACCUUAGCGAGAGUCCGAAUUCUAUCACCAGCGGCUGCAAGCGUGAAGCGUGCCGGUCUCCCGCGCCGCCCCCCGCCAAGCGCCGCACCCCGCGCCCGCCCUCCCCGCGCCUCCCCUCCCCGCCGCGCCAGCCCUGCAGCAACACCCCCCAGGUCAACGGCUCCAACGGAAUGAACGGGGCUGCUGCCUUUAAAAUCACUACUAAAGGUGACGCCAGCACUGGGGACCAGCAACUCGUAGUCUCCAUCGAACUGAAUGGUGUCACGUACGAAGGCGUAUUGUUCCCAUCGCAAAACAGCAACGGUCAGAAUGGGCACAGGCAAAUGGUGUCCUAGACCGUAACAAGUCAUCAACAUUGUGUUAGGUACAGAUUGAAAACUACCGUCAAAACCAAAGAUUGAGUUGAAGGCUGACCACGCAAAGUCUGCGCGUUGUUAAUUAAAAUCCUUCAAUUGCAUGGAGGAUUGUCGGCAAUGAUAUGAUCUGGCUGAUCGCUUGGAGCCUCUGGAUUCAAGGAGUUUGUACCGAAUGCUCCACGGUGUUCAAGAAAUUCUAUGGAAUCACACCCAUCUUCUUCCAUCGAUCUGCCACUACUGUUUACAUGCAUUUAUCGACGGAACGCUGCCGGAUACAAUUUUGCCUCGUGUGUGCGAGUGUAUUUCUUUAGAAGUGUUAUUGACUAAAUUUGACACGCAAUUCUCGUUUUCUCAAGCAGCGCGCAGUUCAGCCAGUCAGUUUUAUAACUUAGUAUACGUUCCGGGGAAAACCGUCCGCUUAUAUUCAAAAUGCUAGAAAGGUGAGGAGAAAGGCGCAAUUAUUUAAUUUUACAAGUUCAAAGUAGACGAUAAACUGAAAAAGUAUCUUCUUUCCCUUUCUCCCCUUUCGAAUAUGAACGCGACGGCGAAUAACUGGUAAUAAUUUUACACGUAGAGCUUCCCUGCGAAAAUGUUCUUGGUGAAAAUCAAAUUUUUAAAGAUUUACGGUACGGUAGAGUUUUCGGUUGUAAUGUGAUUCUCAAAAUAAAUAAUGUAGUCGUUAAAUCUGUCAUCGCACUGCCCGAGACGAAUGCGGAAUUAUCGCGUAAAAUAAAUAAAUAUAGCGUCUCGUUCUGUAUAUUAAUUAAUUUUCUUUUGAUAUUAAUUUUCGCUGUCAUAAACAAUCAAAAUGACAAUUAUUGAUGUAAAUAUAGCGUUAAACAUUUUUUUUUUUUUACUUGGUAAUUUAUAAUCGAUUCAUUGAAUUCGUGUUUUGAUUCGGUGUCCGUGUGAUGAUUGGUGUCGCGUCCGUGUAUUUUUUAUUUGCUAUGUAAAUUAAUGUACAUAUCGUGUAUGUCAGAAUGAGGUUUAAAUGAGAGGGCUAUAUGAGGCCAUCAGCGCAAAAGUGGCCUAAGCUUAACUGAGCUUACUAUAGUAAGCAUGGAGACAAUGAUGUCUCAAUUUACUUUUACACUGCCUCAUAAGCAAAAACAAAACGCGCAAAAAUAAUGUUGACAAAGCCAUCUGCUAUCUAUGAGCGAAACUAGGGAUAUGCCGGUUUUGCAUCAAAAUUUAUUAUGUUUUAAAUAAAUUGCAAUUUGGUAGAACCACGAAUAUGAAAAAAUGUAGGAUAGGCCACUUUUGUGCUGACGGCCUCAUAUGAACCAUAUACGUGUUAUGUGAUUCGUUUCCCGAAGGUGUAUAUUUUAUUUUUUAAAUAUCAAUGAUCCAGUAUUGUAUUUUAGGCUGUAGGUAUUUAUGAAUCGCUUCAAAGACUUUUUCACUAUGCAAACACUCGGAUGGCCGAAACGAUUUUGAAAUGACAUUCGAGUCUUGCAUACCGAAAGUGGUCUUUUAAAAGUAGAGAGCUCUAAUUAAAAUUAGUAUCUUGAUCUGGUUCUUCUUAACAAAAAAAAAAUCUUAAAAAAAUAAUAAGAAACUCGAAUAAUUUAGUCAUAAUAUUAUCGAAUAGGUUUACAUUGUAGUAAAUGUUCUAUGCUCUAGGAGAUUCAGCCCACUUACUGUAGGCGAUUUAACGUUUUAAUGCCAUUUCCUUAGUUUUAAUUACUUAUAAGUUAUUAAGUUCAGUUCAUUGAGAAUGGGAAUGGAGAUUGUGAAUGGAUUUGGCCACAAAUGCUUCAAAUCAUAAACGGCAAUAAUGAGUCAACAAACUGGGACGAUGCGUGUUAUUAAAGAUUGCGUUAUGGAUUGUCAAGAAAUGUCAAGAAAAUACUUUUUGUCUUAAGCAUUUUUUUACAGUGAUAUACGAAUUGUAAAUUAAGAUGGUAUUUCUAGAUAUUCGUCGUACUGUGGAUUCGCAACACGUCGUAUCGAGACGAAUUGUUUUUAAGUAAAAUAAAGUGUUUUAGUUUUUAUUUAAUUUUAUAAUUGUCUAGCUGCCUAGCAAACAUGAGGUCUUAAGGUCGAGGUUUGUUAUAUUUUUUUUAAACAAAUUUACGAUUACGGUGAUCGUGUCCUUACUAAAAAUAAGUUGCAUAAUACUUUCCUUGACGUCCCAGAGAACUUGACGACAAAAAAAAGUGCAAUAUGCAAUAUUCCAAAAAUU